AGGGACGCUGAAGCAGACCAUCCAAGACCUGGGCGAGCAGCUGAAGAACAUGCGGCGAGAGAACGCCCUCCUCGCAGAAAGCAACCAGCAGCUGGUGGGCUCCGCCUUCAGCAAGGAGAAGGAACUCCAGUAUCAGAACACCGAAGCCGGCCUGAGGAGCCAGUUGGGGAAACUGGAGACGACCCUCCGCGAGGAAGCGUCGGAGAAGAGCCGGCUCCUGGCGGCACUGGCAGAGGAGCGGGCCCGGAUCGAGGGGCUCGAGAGCGAAGUGAGGGCGUUGGAGCACCAGCUGCGAUCGAGGGAGAUCCAGAGUCCCAUCGCCGCCAGCAGCCCCAUCCCUCGGGACGCCUCGCGGGUCCGGGAGGAGCCAAAGGCGAAGGAUCUCGGGGUCCCAGACGGAGCAGAGGCGGAGAAACGGAACGAGGAAGAGCGGGAACAGAGAGACACCAUCGAAGCCCAGCUGCUCGAGAUGGCGGCCGACCUGGAAAAGAGCCAGAAGAUGCUCCACAUCCAGUACCGAAUCAACCAAGAAUACCAAGCCGAGAUAGAGCAGCUGCAAAAGAAGCUCCAGACGGUGGAGGCCCACUACUCCGAAGAGAUCGAGAGGCUGAACCAGAGCCUGGAGGCCCGGAACUCCCAGAUCCGGAACCUCCAGGCCCAGGUCCGCGAGGAGACGUUCAAGGCCGGAAAGGAGGGCGAGAGCCCUGACUCGGCCCCCGACCGCCUUCACCUGGCCCCGGACGACAACCUCCUGGAGAUGCACGUCCAGCGGGUGGACUACUCGAGCGAGGCGCUCGCGUCCUUGGAGGACGACAACCCGAGGACGUUCAUCGCGUGGUCGUUCAUGGACGGGGAGCUGGAGUGCAGUCCGAUCCUUCGCGGGGCGUCCCCGAGCUUCCAGGCGUCGUCGGUCUACAGGAUCAAGAUGGAUGCGGGGCUGAUUCGGCGGUUCUUCAAGGAGUCGAUCGGCUUGGAGGCGUUCCACGUGGUGGGGGCGACGUGUCACUCCAUCGGGAUGGCCUCGCUGGGUCUCGCGGACGUCCUUUCCUUCCCCAGGAAUCGGCUGCACGGCACUGCGUACCUCAUGGGGCAGGGGGAUCAGCCCAGACUCAUGGGGACGGUGUUCUUCUGGAUCCAGCUCCUCAUCCCCGAGUCCGACGGGGCGUGGAAGGAGCAGUUGAAGGCGCUCAAGCAGGAAUCCCCCGAUUCCAAGGUCGUUUCCGAGAUUUCUGCUUCUUUUUCCCGGCGUCGAGGAUUCGGAGUUUAUCUUGGCGUCUGGCGCGCAGGAGGCGGACGCCGCAGCUGCGAAGAAACUCUUGGGGCGAAGUCAAGGUCAAGGUCAAGGUCAACCUCAACCGAAGCCCCCACCGCGGAAGUCCAAGUUGGAGACCCUCGAUCUGAAAGGCGACAUGCUGUCCAGCUCCCACCGCUUCCCCUCGAAGCCAUACAGGAUCCAGCGAUCCGGAAGCGGCGAGAAGUUCAAGAUCCCGUCGGGGAUGGCGACGCUGGUGGUCCCGGGUCGCCCCGCCUCUGCCUCGAGGCCGUCCAGCAGCCGCCCCGCCUCGGCCUCGAGGCCGUCCAGCGGCCGGCCCGGCGAGGCGCAGAGGGGUCAGGGUCCGUCUCCCGGGCCGAGGACCCCGGUUUCCGGAGCGAGGACUCCGGUUCCCGGGGCGAGGACGUGGCAAGGUCAGAGUCUUCGGUUUCUUUCCGUUUAAGGGAG